AUGACGUCACGAAAAAUUGCACAACGUUUCGUUGCCCAGGAACGGCCUGAGGGAGUGGGAGCCACUGUUCGACGGGCUAUUGGAGUUCGAAAGGCCCGCAACUUCUCUCCCUUUGUUCUGUUAGACCAUUUCAACGUCCCCAAGACGGCGGGGUUUCCCGACCAUCCUCAUCGAGGUCAGGAAACCAUCACGUACAUUCUCAAGGGCAAAAUGGCCCAUGAGGACUUUACUGGCGCCCAGGGAGCCCUGUUGCCUGGAGACCUGCAGUUCAUGACGGCGGGAAGAGGAGUAAUGCAUGCUGAGAUGCCACAGGAAGAUAACACCCAGGGCAUCCAGUUGUGGGUGGAUCUCCCUGAGAAACUCAAGGACGUGGAGCCUCGAUACCGAGACCUCAAGGCCAAAGAUAUUCCUGUUGGCAAACGAGACGAUGGAGUUCUGGUCAAGGUGAUCAGUGGAAGGGCUCUGGGAGUCGAUUCUGUCAAGGACCUGGCAUACACCCCCGUCUGGUACCUCGACUAUUACACAAACAGGUCGCUCUAUGGAGGCAACAAAAUUGUGCAGGACAUUCCCCAAGGCUUCAAUGCACUGUUGUACGUGCUGAAGGGGACCGCCGAGGUCCAGGGGGAGAAGGUUGAUACCAACGAGGUUGUCUUUUUCGAGCCUGAAGGAGAAAACGUGGAAUUCACUCCCUCUACCGAAUCUGAUUCGCAGAUUAUCGUUGUCGCGGGUCAGAUUCUGGACCAGGAUAUUGUCCAGAGAGGUCCUUUCGUGUCUGUGAACGAUCGAGACUCGUAUCAGGCCAUACUGGACUUUAAAGAAGGCAAGAACGGAUUCGAGAGAGCUGUUGGCUGGUCCAGUGAGAUUGGAAAGCCCAUGACUGAGCCCGAAAAGAUUCUUCCUGAAACGGGACCCGCCCAGAAAUACGAACUUGGAUUGCCUCUUGUGCUAGUCGCUGGACUCUUUGUCUUCUUUAUCUGGAGGCUGGUCAAGCGCGAGAAGCAGAAGCAGACCUAG